UCUGCAAUUCGGCCACAGUUUUUGGAAGACAUAGUUCUUCCGCUAUUCUCUAUUUUUAACGUAAGCUUAAUUCCUCUGUUUUCGUAUUGAACGACUUCCGCUACGCCAUUACUGAACAUCUUUCUUUCAAUAAUUUAACGCGGCAUUGACUCAAUGCAUGACUUCACGCGGCAUUCACUUAACGCGGCAUCUCUCUCUUGAGUUGCCAUGAAGAUACCAUUAAGUGAUAGGUAUGGUGUGAAAAUGGCAUCUCUUAAAGCUUGAAGAAGUUGCAAGGAAAUUGCCAAGAAGUUACUGAACAUCUUUCUUUCAAUAAUUGACUCAGUGCAUGACUUCACUUUAAGGAAGUUGCCAUGAAGAUACCAUUAACUGAUAGGUAUGGUGUGAGAAAGCGGCAUGGGAUUGUCCCUUUUGAGGAUGGUCGAUGAUGUAGAGUGAUCAGGCAUUACAUCCUGACGUACACUGACUAAUUUCUUCCAUGGCCUUAUCUACAAUCUCUUCUUCGUCUUCUUCUUCAGUCACCUCUCCAUGGCUCUACGAUGUGUUCUUGAGCUUUAGAGGAGAAGAUACCCGUUAUACUUUUACUGCCCAUCUAUACCAUGCUUUGAUUCAAAAGGGAAUCCGUACCUUCAUAGAUGAUGAUGAAGUUAAACGGGGUGAUGAGAUUUCAACUAAUCUCCUCCCAGCCAUAGAAGAUUCAAGGAUUUCCAUCAUUGUACUCUCAAAAAAGUAUGCAUCGUCAACAUGGUGUUUGGAUGAGUUAGUGAAGAUUCUUGAGUGUAAAAAAUCAAAGCAACAAAUAGUUUUACCUGUGUUUUACCACGUAGAUCCAUCAGAUAUUCGACAUCAAAGAGGAAGUUUUGGAGAAGCAUUGGCUAAACAUGCAGAGAAAUUGAAUGGAGACAGCGUGAAGUUGCAGCUGUGGAAGGCAGCCCUUCAAGAAGUUGCCAAUUUGUCCGGAUACCAUCUGAUCAGAAAUGGGAACGAACCUAAAUUCAUUGAUGGAAUGGUUCAAGAGGUCUCAAGAAUAGUAAAUCAUUCAUAUUUACAUGUUGCAAAGUAUCCAGUUGGAUUAGACUCCCAGGUACGGGAUAUCAUGAAUUUGCAUGUAAGCGUUGGGACAAAUGACGUUCGAAUGGUAGGGAUCUUAGGAGUUGGGGGAAUUGGUAAGACAACUCUAGCCAAAUCAAUUUAUAACUCAAUUGCUUUUGGAUUUGAAGCUAGUUGCUUGCUUGAAAAUGUUAGUGACACUGCGAAUCAAGUGCAUGGUCUGGUCCAACUGCAAGGGACCCUUCUUUCUAAUAUCUUUGGGGACUAUAAAAGUUUGAAAGUUAAUAGUAUUGAUAUGGGAAUCACUACGAUAAAGCACAGGCUUCGUUCUAAAAGAGUUCUUCUAACUCUUGAUGGUGUAGAUCACUUGAACCAAUUAGAAACCUUAGCAGGAGGUCAUGAUUGGUUUGGUGAAGGAAGUAGAAUCAUAAUCACAACAAGAGAUGAACACCUGUUGACUACUCAUGGAGUUGAUUCAACAUACAAGAUGACUGGAUUGAAUGACAACGAUGCUUUUGAACUAUUUUGUUGGCAUGCUUUCAAAAGAAAUAAACCGGUUGACGGUUAUGGAGAAUUUGUAAAACAGAUCAUAAAUUAUGCUGGGAGCCUUCCACUAGUUUUAACGGUGCUUGGUUCGGAUUUAUGUGGCAGAAGAGAAAAAAGUGAGUGGGAAAGUGCAUUGGAUCAGUACAGGAAAAUCCCUCACCAAGAUAUUCAAAAAAUACUUCAAACAAGUUAUGAUAGAUUAAGUACUGCAGAUGAAAAGAAUGUUUUUCUUGACAUUGCAUUUUUUUUCAUUGGACAACGGCUUGUUGAUGUCAUUCAGAUACUAGAAAGUUCUGAUUUUUGCCCAAACUUUUCGAUCCCAAGACUUAAGGAGAAGUGCCUUAUUUCGGAGGAUUUGGACGGAAGAUUGCAAAUGCACGACUUGUUACGAGAUAUGGGUAGAGAAGUUGUUCGAAAAGAAUCGCCAAAUCCAGGAAAACGUAGCAGAUUAGUCUUUCAUAAAGAUGUUCGCAAAGUACUGGAGGAAGAUAUAGGAACAGAUAGAGUUCAAGUAAUUGGUGCUGAUUUUCCUGAUGGUGCUGAUAUCAUCCGCUUGAGUCCCAAGGCCUUUAAGAAAAUGAAAAGCCUCAGAUUAUUUAGAUGCCGCAAUGCACACUUUUCCGGUGAACCUAAUUGUCUACCUAAUUCAAUACAUGUGCUUGAUUGGCCUAACUGUCCUUUACAAUCUAUGCCAUCUAAAUUUCGUGGGGACAAACUCUCUAUAUUCUACGCAUAUCCGGUAGUCCCAUCCAGGAGAUACGCUUGGACUUUAAGAAUCUCAAGGUUAUGGAUUUCUGUGGUUGUGAAUUCAUAACAAAACUCUCGGAUAUUUCAAGCUGCCCAAAUUUGAAGGAAAUAGAUCUUAGCCAUUGUGAAAAUCUAGUUGAAGUUCAUGAUUCUAUUGGAUUAAUCCUUGAUAAGCUUGUUAUCUUGAUUCUUAAUAGAUGUGGCAAACUAAAGAGCUUUCCAAGGAGACUCCAAUUGAGAUCUCUGCAACGCCUUUUUCUUAAUGAUUGCUCAAGCCUUCAAAACUUUCCUGAAAUCGAAUGUGAAAUGAAACAUUUACACACUGUCGGGUUAUGGGGCACCGCAAUAGAAGAAUUGCCUUCAUCCAUUGGGUACCUCACUGGGAUUAGAAGUUUAUUCCUGAGUUGGUGCGUAAACCUUAAGCGUCUACCAAGUAGCAUUCUUCAGUUGAGAUCUCUAGGGCGUAUUGAGCUCAACUAUUGUCCAAAUAUUAUAAGUUUUGGGAUGGAGGAGGAGGAGGUGCAUAAUGGACAACCCACGCCCUAUGUAGUGUCUACAAGCUCGGAAAAUGAAGCUUCAUUGGGUGCAAGAUUCGAAUUGAAUCUUAGAAACUCUGGCCUAUCAAAAUCGAAUUUCUUGAGGCCAUUUCAUUUCUUUCCCAAUGUGAGCCAUUUAGAUCUAUCAGGCAGUGAUAUCGUAAGCAUUCCUUCAAGCAUCAAAACAUAUGUU